AUGUACAUCAAAAAUAUUGUUUUAGAUGGUUUUAAAUCGUAUCGUACACGAACAGAGGUUCCAAAUUUCGAUCCAGAAUUUAAUGCAAUUACUGGGUUAAAUGGUUCUGGUAAAUCAAAUAUAUUGGAUUCGAUAUGCUUUGUCUUAGGAAUAACAAAUUUAUCACAGGUGCGAGCUACACAGUUACAGGAUUUAGUUUUUAAAAAUGGACAAGCUGGUAUUACAAAAGCAACAGUUACUAUUACAUUCGAUAACUCAAAUCCUGCUCAAUGCCCACCUGGCUAUGAACAAUUUAAAGAAAUUGUGAUUACAAGACAAGUGAUAAUUGGAGGUAAAAACAGAUAUCUGAUAAACGGAUCAAACGUUCAAAAUAAACGUGUACAAGACUUAUUUUGUGCUGUUCAAUUAAAUGUAAACAAUCCAAACUUUUUAAUUAUGCAAGGACGAAUUACUAAAGUAUUAAAUAUGAAACCACCAGAGAUUUUAGCCAUGAUCGAAGAAGCAGCUGGUACUCAUAUGUACGAAGUGAAGAAACAAGAAGCCGAACGUAUUAUAGAGAAAAAAGACAUGAAAUUAGCGAAUAUUGUUGAUGUUUUGGAACAAGAUAUUGGACCAAAAUUAACGAAAUUAAAAGCUGAACGUCAACAAUAUUUGGAGUACCAACGUAUUGAGCGUGAAGUGGAGCAUAUGAAUCGUCUAUUUAUCAUCGCUAAUUUGCGAGCAUUACGCCAAAACAGUACUAUAGCAGAGAAUAAUUUAAAAAUUGUUCGUGAUAAUGUUUCUUCGAAACAACAGAUUAUACAAAAAAAUAAAACACGCAUAACUGAACUUGAAAAUGAAGUGAAACAAAUUAAUGAACAUAUUGAUAAACAGUCGGGUGGAAAAUUAUCAAAGCUUGAUGAAGAUUUACAAGAGAAACGGAAUGUGGAAAUUGAGGCUGAUACACAACUUAAACAGUUGAAAGAAGCAUUUACCAGUGAACAGAAAAAAUUGAAACAAUUAGAAAAGGAUUUUAAUGCUGAUAAGAAAACAUUGGCGACUAAAGAAGCAGAAUUUGAACAGUUCGAUGAAGUUUUUAGAAAAUUAAAAGAAAAAGAUGCUAAUGAUGCUGCUGCGUUGAAAGAUGCUGAAAAACGUUUGGAAGCUGCGAGUACCGGAAAAAUAAUUGGCAGUGAUGGUGAAAUUGCAACAAGUCAAUCUCAAUUAAUUGCUUUUCAACAAGAAGAAACGGAAAUUCAAACAAGCAUACAACAAACGGAAAUAGAAUUAAAACACGCAGUGGAGAGAUUAAAAGCUUUAAAGCAACAAUUUGAUGGGGAAGUACAUGAUUUAGAUCAAGAUCAAGAAUUAUUGACUCAGCUUGAAAAUGAUGUUCAACUGACACAAAACGCAUUAAAAAAACUAAAUUUUAAUGAAGAAAAAGUUGAAGAUUUAAAAGAAAGACGUCACAACCUUAUAUUGACUAUCAACGAGCUAAAGAAAACCACACAGCAGUUUGAAGGCUCUUUUCCACGUGCUGCAUUUCAUUACUCAGAUCCUGAGCCGAAUUUUGAUCGGCGAAGUGUGUUGGGUGUCGCUUGUAAAUUAAUCAGUGUAAAAAAUGAUAAAUUUUGUACAGCCUUAGAAAUAGCAGCUGGAUCUAAAUUAUACGAUGUUGUUGUCGAUACUGAACGGACUGGCAAGUUACUGCUUCAACGUGGUCAGCUACAAAGUCGUCGAACAAUUAUACCGAUGAAUAAAAUUAACGCAAAAUCAUUUGAUGCGAAUAAACUACGGAUAGCACAACAAAUAGCCGGUUCGGACAAUGUAUUCACUCCAAUAUCGCUUAUUGAUUUUGAUAGUAAAUUGCAAAAUGUUAUGCAAUAUAUAUUUGGGCAAACAUUAAUCGUUGCGUCGAAUGAAAUUGGUGCGAAAUUAGCGUACGAUAAACGUAUUAACGUUAAAUGUGUCUCAGUUGAUGGUGAUAGCUUUGAUCCAAGUGGUAUUGUUUCUGGAGGUGCUGUGGGUGCAGCAGGCCAAUUAUUAACUCUUAUCAAGAAAUUGAGUAAAUCAAUGAAAGAAACUAAUACGAUGCAAAAUGAAUUAGACCAAGUUGAACAACAGCUUCGACAAAUGGCGAACGUUGCUGAACAACAUCGAGUUAUGAAAGAAAAAUUUGAUUUUGCUAAUCAUAAAUUGAAUUUGAUAAACGAUCGUAUUACCCAAAGUGAUCAUUAUCGGAAACAAGCAGAAAUUGACGAAUUGCAAGCGGCUGUUGAUCAAAUGAAAACUCGGCUGAAAGAAUCCAAAAACAGUUAUGAUCAAUGUAAAAAGAAAAUAACUAAUUUAAUGAAAGAAAUUGAGAAUGCAGAAAAAAAUCGUGAAAAAAUCUUGAAAGACCUCCAAAAACAAGUACAAGACUUAAAGAAACAAGCAGAUCGAUCAAAAAAAGAAUGGGAAAACAAUGAAGGUGCUUAUGAGGCGUUAAAAUUAGAAAUUGAGGAAAUGAAAAAAUCUAUUGAAAAUACUUUCAAAGAAAUUGAGAGCACUAAUAAAACAAUUGAAUCGUCUAACGAGAACUUAAGCGAAGUGACUGAGAGAGUAAAAGAAGCGAAACGGGUCGUUGCUGAAGCCGUUGCUCUAGUGAAAUUUGAGCGUGAUGAAAUUGCAAAGAAAACAAAAGAAAUACAAAAAAUAAAUGGAACAAAAAAACAAUUAGUUGAGAAAAAUGCAGAAAUCCAACUUGAAAUCCAACAAUUAGAGUUAGAAUUAGAAAAAUUAGAAAAAGAUAACGAGUCGUGCCAAGCAGAAGAAAAACGUUUAAUCGAUAAACACGAAUGGGUGGUUUCGGAUACUCGUUAUACCCAAGAAGUUGAAUCACUCACCGAUCGUCAACGAAAUGAACUAGGAAAUCAAGUGAAACAACUAAGAGAUAGAUAUGCUGCUCUAGGACGUACAGUUAAUGCGCGAGCUUUACAAUUAUUGGAAACUGAGGAAGAAUUAUUCCAGAAACUAGUGAAACGUAAAAAAAUCCUUGAGGAUGAUAAAAAACAAAUAUUUAUCGUAAUCCGAACAUUAGAUGAGAAAAAAGAGAAAGCGAUUGUUAAGGCAUGGGAAGAAGUAAAUAAAAAUUUUGGAAGUAUUUUUUCAACAUUAUUGCCCGGCACUGAUGCGAAAUUAAAACCAAGUAAUCCAAAAAAUAUUCUAGAGGGUUUGGAGGUGAAAGUCAGUUUUGGAGGCGUUUGGAAAGAAAGUUUGGUAGAAUUAAGUGGUGGCCAACGUUCGUUAAUCGCAUUAUCCUUAAUAUUAUCUAUGUUAAAAUUUAAACCAGCACCAUUAUAUAUUUUGGAUGAAGUUGAUGCAGCUUUAGAUUUAUCCCAUACUCAAAAUAUUGGUAACAUGUUACGAACACAUUUUCGAAAUUCUCAAUUUAUUGUGGUCUCUUUGAAGGAUGGUAUGUUUAAUAAUGCAAAUGUCUUGUUUCGAACACAAUUUGUAGAAGGUGUUUCAACGGUAAAUCGAACAGAAUGUCGUAGAUCAAAAAAAUGAUUAUAAAUUGAAUAUUUUCCAUUAUUAUAUAAGAAAAAUUGUAAAUUUUCCACUGUUAUAUAUGAAAAAUUGUAAAUUUCCAUAAUUAUACAGAGUGUCCGUUACUCGAUGGCCAUAGUUUAAGCGGGUAUUCUUAAUUACUUUAAUUAACAAUGUCUUUAUACAUUAAAUUUAAUAGUACACAUAACUCCUUAACUAUUGGGUUUUUAACAAAACAUAAACAUAAUUAAAUUAUGGCUAACAAGUGUUGAGACACACUGUAUAAACCGGGUGACUAGUUUUUAACGCUGCACGCCCGGUUUUUUCUUAAUCAUUUUUAAUCUAGUUUAUAUUAAGCGAAAAAAUUUAUUUUUUUAAUGCAUAAUCUUAGGAGAAUACAGCAUCAAUCUUUCGAUUUUCAAAUGGACCACUAUAUAUUUUUUUCAGAAUUUAAAAGUACUUAAGCUCCUGUUAACAAAAAAUUGUUUUUUCAAAAUAACUUAUUAUUUUUGAAAGUUAUGACACUUAAAUGUGAAAAAAAAAUAUUAAAAUUAACACUUUUGAAUGUAAAAAUUUUACCGUAUUUUAUUAAAGGAUUUGUUGAAAUUGUGCUCCUUCCACGCUUAAACAAGCCUUAAGUCUGGACUCUCUUGCUCGAUUUAUAGUAGGAAAGAAAUUUCCAGGGAAGGUA